AGAGAGAGAGAGAGUGAAGUUUGAUUUUUGAAUUUGAUUGCGAUUGUUAUAUAUAGUCUCUCCGUGUCUUGUAGUGGUAAAGCUCGAAUACUUUGUGGGUUUUUCAAACGUGGGGCGGCUUCCUCUUCUUCUAUAGGUUGAAGAUUCCCCUGUAUAUUUUUCUUGGGGUUUUUUUUCUUUUAAUGAUUCUGACCGUCCGAUAUCUGUUUCUUCGUUACGAAAUAAAAAUGAGCGGUGGCUAUCUCUGAUUUUGAGAUACUGUUUUCUUGUCUGGUGUUUUGAAAGUGAGUGGGAGAGAGUUUUUGAAUAUCCUUCUGUUGUUUGAUUGCUGAUUUUGGAAGCACUGCUGGGUUUUCAUUUACUGAGGAGAGAGAUAUUUGAAGUUAAGAUAUGCAUUUCCGAGUUACAGCUUCGAGAGAAAGAGAGGUUUGAAGAUGAAGCUAUAGUGGGUUGCUUUCUGAGUAAAAAGGGACAAGCUUCUGAGUUUCUGAGUCUUAAAGCUCACAGGCCUUGGCUUUCUCAUUAUUCCGUUUGUCACAGCUCUGGCAACGAAUUUGAUCGAUAAGAGACAUUGAAAUCAUGGUGGAAGAUAGUGCAAUUAAGGUUUUGGCUGACACCCAGUCAGCUGAAGAGUGGUUAUCUCAUGCUCAAGGGCUUGUUCCAGUGGCACUUAAUAAGGCUAGGGAGGUAAAAGUUUUUCCUGGUAGGUGGAAGAUGAUAAUAUCAAAACUGGAGCAGAUCCCAGCACGUUUAUCAGACUUGUCAAGCCACCCUUGCUUCUCAAAGAAUGCACUUUGCAAGGAGCAAUUGCAGGCCGUAUCGAAGACGUUGAAGGAAGCGAUUCAAUUGGCUGAGUUAUGUGUUGAGGAGAAGUAUGAAGGCAAGCUUAGGAUGCAGAGUGACUUGGAUGCUUUGUCAGGGAAAUUGGACUUGAAUUUGAGGGACUGUGGGCUUUUGAUCAAGACUGGAGUUCUUGGAGAGGCUACUUUGCCUCUAUCUGUAGGUGUUUCUUCAGCCGAACCAGAGGCUGCAUCUCAUAGCAAUAUAAGGGAAUUACUCGCGCGGCUUCAGAUCGGGCACUUGGAAGCAAAGCACAGGGCUCUUGACAACCUUGUUGAAGUAAUGAGAGAGGAGGAAAAGAAUGUUUUAGCUGUUUUGGGCCGGAGCAAUAUUGCUGCUUUAGUUCAAUUGCUCACAGCAACAUCUCCACGAAUCCGGGAGAAGACAGUCUCUCUAAUUUGCUCGCUGGCAGAAUCUGGGAGUUGUGAGAGUUGGCUUGUCUCAGAAGGAGUUCUGCCUCCUCUGAUUCGGCUUGUUGAGUCAGGUAGCUCUGUGGGCAAAGAGAAGGCUACAAUUUCACUUCAAAGGUUGUCCAUGUCUCUGGAAAUAGCUCGUGCAAUUGUUGGGCAUGGUGGGGUUCGUCCACUGAUUGAGAUCUGUUCAACUGGUGAUUCUGUUUCACAGGCUGCGGCUGCUUGUACUUUGAAGAAUAUAUCAGCUGUCCCAGAGGUAAGACAAAUUCUAGCUGAAGAAGGGAUUGUAAGGGUUAUGAUCAAUCUUCUUGAUUGUGGCAUGCUUUUGGGUUCCAAAGAAUAUGCAGCAGAGUGCUUGCAGAAUCUCACCUCCAGCAACGAUAAUCUAAGGAGGUCUGUUAUUUCAGAAGGUGGUGUUCGGAGCCUAUUGGUUUAUCUGGAUGGUCCACUGCCCCAAGAAUCUGCAGUUGGGGCAUUAAGGAAUUUGGUUGGCUCGGUUUCUACGGAAGUAUUGGUUUCACUUGGUUUCCUGCCCCGGAUAGUUCAUGUGCUUAAAUGUGGAUCUCUGGGUGCACAACAAGCUGGUGCAAUGGCAAUCUGUCGGAUUUGUACCACAACAGAAAUUAAGAAAUUGGUUGGUGAAGCUGGAUGCAUUCCUCUGCUUGUCAAGAUGCUUGAGGCUAAAUCAAAUGGUGUUAGAGAGGUUGCUGCACAAGCAAUUUCAAGCUUGAUUAUCCUUUCCCAGAACUGCAGGGAAGUUAAGAGGGAUGACAAGAGUGUGCCGAGUUUGGUACAAUUGCUUGACCCAACUCCACAUAACACUGCAAAAAAGUAUGCAAUUUUCUGCCUUGGAUCUCUUUUUUCAAGUAAGAAAUGUAAGAAGCUGAUGAUCUCAUAUGGAGCAAUUGGAUAUCUUAAAAAACUCACAGAAAUGGACAUCCCUGGUGCCAAGAAACUGCUGGAGCGGUUAGAAAGAGGAAAACUAAGGAGUUUGUUCAGCAGAAAAUAGAAGCAAAUUGCAAGUGUCUUUUGUAUAAUGGUGUCCUCGCCCCCUAUUUCUUUCUCUUAGUUUUUUAUGUUAGUUGUUUCAUUGUCUAUAUGAAACAAAGUUGUUUAUGAUAUGAACUUGGAAUGCGCAAGCUUGCUAUUCCAUGCAAUCAAUGUUCUAUUAUUAA